CGGCCCGGCCCAUCUAAGCCCACCACUUAUUGGGCUCUCGCGGGCUCGCCGCGGCGGCAGUUGGGCCGCGCGAUGGCAAUGAGGAGCUUCGUCGGAGAUGGAGGUCGGGUCGGGGGGCUUCGGCGGCGGCGGCAGGUGGUGGCCGUGUGGGACUAUGGAGGCGGCGGCGGCGGCGGCGGCGAGCAACCGAUUCCAUUUCGCGGCAAUGGCGGCGGUGACCGGAGGAGGAGGCGCGACGAGGCUACUUCCUGCGGGUUGCCUCGAUCCCAUCUUCUUACGCAGAUAGGGAAUCGGGGCGGAUAGACUCAUAUAUAGUAACUUCUCCGUAUCAACUCAACAGCAUUGAACAACCUAAGUCCUGAGACAGUACCUGAGCUACAUCCGUAUGGAAGGGAGCAUGGAGGAUGUGAGAUCAACACUACUUGUGCAGGAGCUUGCCGGCAUGAGAAGCAAAUCUGUGCCAAGACAGUACAUUGUGCAACAAGAAGACCAACCGACCAUUGCAGCCACUGCAUCAUUCCCCAUUGUUGACCUUGGUCGCCUGUCCCAACCAGAUGGUGAUGCCAAUGAGGCGGUGAAACUCCGGCAGGCGAUGGAGUCUUGGGGCCUUUUCAUGGUAACUAACCAUGGCAUAGAAGAUGCUCUGAUGGAUAACGUGAUGAAUGUGUCAAGAGAGUUUUUUCAACAGCAUCUUGGAGAGAAGCAAAAAUACACCAACUUGAUUGACGGCAAGCAUUUCCAGCUAGAAGGGUAUGGAAAUGACCAGGUGAAAUCUGAUACCCAAAUCCUGGAUUGGUUGGAUCGAUUGUAUCUGAAAGUAGAUCCAGCAGACGAGAGAAAUCUUUCCGUUUGGCCCAAGCAUCCUGAAUCUUUCAGGGAUGUUCUGGAUGAGUUUCUCAUAAAAUGUGAUGGAGUUAAAAACAGUCUCCUUCCAUCAAUGGCAAAGCUCUUGAAACUCAACGAGGAUUACUUUGUCAGACAAUUCUCUGACAGGCCUACCACUAUUGCUCGAUUCAACUACUACCCUCAGUGUCCAAGGCCUGAUCUUGUCUAUGGCAUGAAGCCUCAUUCUGAUGCAACCAUUCUUACAAUUCUUAUGGUUGAUAACGACGUUGGUGGGCUACAAGUUCUUAAAGAUGGUGUCUGGUAUGAUGUCCCAACUAAACCUCACACCUUGCUGAUCAACUUAGGAGAUCACAUGGAGAUAAUGAGCAAUGGGAUUUUUAAGAGCUCGGUGCAUAGGGUUAUGACAAAUCCUGAAAAGGAGAGAAUAUCAGUGGUGUUGUUUUAUUUUAUGAAUCUUGAGAAAGAGAUUGAGCCAGCACUUGAGCUGAUCGAUGAAAGGCACCCGGCAAGAUACAAGAGGGUGAAGAUUAUGGACUACCUUGCAGGGCUCUUUGAACAUUUCUUGCAAGGGACAAGAGUGAUUGACACAGUGAAGAUCUGAGUCACUAUGCCAGUUAAAAUAAAUAGUGAUUGUGAUAUGUACUCUGUAAAGUUUAUCAGAAAAAAAGAACUAUUGUAGAGUAUGAGUCACAUGGUCGCAUACUCAUGUAAUUAUGCCAUCCAGAUCUGUAGCGUUUAUCAGAAAAGAAAAAUAUUAUUGUGAGGUUUCAUUUUGUGUUUGCUGAGGAUGAAUGAUGAGUUUUGUACU